AUGACGUCACACCUUCCCUUUGGAAGGCAUGAUGACGUCACACCUUCCCUUCGGAAGGCUCUCUUCCGAAGCUUGGAAGGAGCCCUCGCGGUGACAUCACACCUUCCCUUCGGAAGGCAUGAUGACGUCACACCUUCCCUUCGGAAGGCUCCCUUCCGAAGCUUGGAAGGAGCCCUCGCGGUGACGUCACACCUUCCCUUCGGAAGGCAUGAUGACGUCACACCUUCCCUUCGGCAGGCUCCCUUCCGAAGCUUGGAAGGAGCCCUCGCGGUGACGUCACACCUUCCCUUCGGAAGGCAUGAUGACGUCACACCUUCCCUUCGGCAGGCUCCCUUCCGAAGCUUGGAAGGACCUCACACCUCGCGAUGA